UUUCUUUUACAAAGCUUAAUUCAACAGCUCUGUUUUGACAGAGCACCUUUUCAUCAAGAUGGACAAGGUUACACAGGUUGUCAUCUUCUCUUCGACGGCCAUUGCCCUCUAUGGUUACGAUCAAGGUAUGAUGAGUUUGAUCAACACGAACGAGGAUUAUCUCAGCACAAUGGGCCUUCCUGAAGAGAGCCCCAUUGUCGGUCUCAUCGUAGCCUUGUACUACUUGGGUACUGCCGUUGGAGCUGUCAUCUUCUCCUACUUGGCAGACCGCUUUGGAAGAAAGCCUGCUCUUUUUGGAUGUCUUGCUAUGUCGUCUCUCGGAAACCUCGUCAUGUUCAUUGCCGGUCUUGGAUAUUCUCAGGGCGCUAUUGAGGUCAUGAUUGCUGGCAGAAUCAUCAUGGGACUCGGUGUGGGCGGCGUUGACUCGGUCGUUCCUGUCUACAGCUCUGAACUUUCCGAGGAUGAAGCACGUGGAAAAGCACUUGCCCAAGAGUUCCAAAUGAACAUCUUCGGCUUAAACAUGGCCUUUGCGAUCAACCUCGGUUUGACUGUAGCUCUGGGCAAGUCUAACCAGUGGGCCUGGAGACUUCCUAUCAUCAUCAUGCAGGUCUACCCCGUCCUCUUGAUGGCAUUCAUUGGUAUCCUUCCGGAGUCACCAAGAUGGCUUGUCUCUCACGACCGUAAGGAUGAUGCCAAGGCAGCUCUUGCUAGAAUCUAUGGAGAAGACCAAGCCAAAGAGACUCUUGACAAUCUCAUCGAGUCUAAUGACAACGAGUCUUCCAAGUCUGUCAGCUACACCAACAUGCUUACUCCAGGCCAUGCUCAGUUCCACCCUACGAUGAUUACUGUCAUGGGUCAAAUCAACCAGGCUUUGACCGGAUAUGGAGCCGUCUCGGUCUAUGGUCCUCAAAUCUUCGAGCUGCUCGGCUUCGAUACUCGCAUGUCCGAGUACCUCACCCAGGGCAACUACGUCUCUUACUUCAUUUUGAUGACCUUUGCCUGGCUCUUGGUCGAUGCUGUCGGUCGCCGCAAGGUGUUGCUGGGAGGAUCUAUUGUCUUGACUGCCUGCUUCUUCUUGCUCACCUUGUUCGGAGGCCUGGCUUUCAACUCGGAAGAUCUCGGCAUUCCAGAAAUUGCUGUAGCUAUUCCUGGUAUUGUGGCCCUUUUCGUUGCUACUGGAGCUUUCGGUAUUGGCUGGCUUGCUACCAUCUGGCUCAUUCCUACGGAGAUCUUCCCAACCACAGCACGUGCUCAAGGUACUGCCGUCAGUGUUGUCGUUUGGGGUUUGGCCAACUUUGCUGUCACUCUUCUAACACCCAUUCUGUUCAACAACCUCAACUACUGGCUCUUCCUUGUCUUUGGUUUCACCAACCUGUUUGCUGGCGUUACUACAUACUUGUUCCAACCGGAAUCUGGUGGUCGCAGCUUCGAAGAGAAUCAGACCUUCUUCGAGGAAGCCAAGAAGGCUGGCACGUGGAGAGUGGGAGGCGUAUUGGAUGGAGAGUUCAAGAAGAUGCCAUACCCCAGCUCAGACAACGACGACAGCGAGAACACACCCUUGUUGAGACGAGUGAGAGAUCAGGUCUCCGCUUGAGUCUAGAGACGGAUGGAGGGAUCUUCGAAGGAACAAGAAUGAUUUCAGAUGUUGAUGAAAAAUGAUGUUAUGUUGACUUUGAUGAUGGGAUAUAAUGAAAAGAUAAAAUGAGGAGAGUUAGCUUAGAAAGUCAUGUUUGCCAGGAUGAGGAAGUUGAUCUGGCUAUUCAUACCAGAAUGUAUACCUAGAAAUGCACCACGAAACAAGACCAGAAAAGUUGAGGUGUUG